UAUAUUAAUUUAUUACUCUGGCACACUGUUCUCGUCUUCAGUAACAACCCUUUUAUCGACUUCUGCGCUUUUUGGAAGUAGUAGAUCACCUUCCCCUUCCAUUCAUAAAAAGCAUUUUGAUUCACCUAAUCUUCCAAUUCGAUACAAUUCAAAAGAAGACCCAAAAUUUACUGUUACCCAUCUUCCCAAAGAUUCUUCUGAUUUAUACCAAUGGAAGGAAGAGAAGAAAAGGAAGAAGGAAAAAAGAGGAAUGGAAGAAGAAGAAAAGAAAGAAAUGGAAGGGAAAAAUGAAAUGAAGAUAAAGGAAGAAGAGGGAUGGAAUGAAAAGGAGGAACAAAAUAAAUUUUUUGUUAAAUCUAAUGGUGUAGCUAAUUUUAAUGAGGAAUAUACUACGAGUAACUCAAGCAACUCAACUGUUAAUAAUUCUUCAUCGCCAUCAUUAAUUAAUAAUAUUCCUUGGAAAUGUUCAUAUUCUUAUUUAAAUUCCUUUAUUACGAGAUUAUUACCAACAAAACAGGAAAUUGAAUCAACAACAACAACAACAAUAACAUAUCCAACAAAAACAUCUUUAACACAUUCACCUACUAAAACAUCAACUAAAACAUCUUUAUUAACAAACAACACUCCACAAACAUUAAUUUAUUCGACAAAAUUCAAAACAUCCCCAACAACAUCAACAAAAACAUCUCCAAAAACAUUGCCAACAAAAACAUUAAAAACAUGUAUAUUAGCAAAAACAACAACAGUCAAAACAUCCCCAACAAAAGAAGAAAACAAACAACAAUCUCAACAACAACAACUAACAUCAACAAAUGUUUGUCUUCUUGUUAAUUCACAUCAAACAGAAAAUGAAGAGAGAAACAAAAAGAACAAUUUAAGUUUUAGAAAUGGACUAAGUUUCCGAACAAGUUGUGAUAAAAAUGUUGAAAAUAUAAAGAAACAACAACAACAAAAACAACGACGAGAACAACAAAUGAAAAGAUCUGUUGCUACAACUGAAUGUUCUCCAACUUUAGUAGAAAAAAGAAAAAUAGUAGGAAAAAGUUGGGCAAGUUUUAAUAGUAGAAGAGGAAAUGUUUUAGUUUUUGCUUCUAAAAAGGAUAUUUUAAAUGAAUUACGUCGUCAACGAUUAGAAGCUAAAAUGAAUGCUACAAGUGUUUAUUUACCUAAAUUGGAGAAAGAAAAAGAAGAAGAAGAAAAUAAUUUUAAAAAUAAUAAAAGUUUUAAAAGAAGCAAUAAAAGUUUAUUUUUUAGAAGAAAUUUAACAGUUCAAGUAUCAGAAUUUGAUUUUCCUCCAAAAUCCCCAAUAAAAAUUCCAAUAAAAAUUGUUGAAAAAGAAUUAUUAAAUAAUCAAUUUGAUACUUCAAUUUGUUCUUCCCCAACAGCUACAAUAUUAAAAGAUCAAGUUCAUUCUUUAAAACAAAUUUCUGCUUCAAUUGUUGGAAACAACUUUAGUAGUCAAAUUGUAAAUGUUUCACAACAAACUACCCAAACAAACAACAACAACAAACAAUCAAAACAAACAAGAAAACAUUCAAAAGAUUUACAAACAUCUUCGUUAGGAUUUGAAUCAAAUAAAAAUGCUUCAAGUUUAUUAUUAUUUCCUAAAAAUCAGCUACGUCAUUGCCAUUCUGCAAAUAUUGUUAGUAAUUUAUUAACAACUGAAGAAAAGGAAAUUGAAGAAAUUAAAAGAAGUUCAAGUAGAAGGAGAGGUUAUUUAAUGAUAAAAAGUAAGAGGGAUGAUGAUUUUGAUAGUGAAACAAAAAAUAAAAGUGAAGCUGAACAAAAUUAUUUUAUUAAAUGGAAUGAUGAACAAUCCAUAUCUUUACCCUCCACUUUAACAUUAAAUAAACAUCGUAAAAUACCUCCUCCCUUAAGAAAUUGUAAUAGAUUUCUGUCGUCUUCCUCUUCUGAUACUCCCCAAUCUGCUAUUUCAUUUGGAUCAUCAUAUUCCUCUAAUUCAACAAAUUUUAUUCCAAAAUCAUUGCCAUUGAUGAGAAGGGGAAGAAUAAAUUAUUUAAAUUAUGGAGGAAUGGGAGAAGAAAAAGAAGAGGAAAGAUUAAGAAAUUUAAAAACAGGAAGAGAUGAAAUAGAAAAGAAAAGAAGAGGAGGAAGUGGAAGAGUAAUUAAGAAAAAGAAUUUUAAGGGAAUAGAAGAUCCAACAAAAGCUUUGCUUGCCUUUUCCAAAUCUUUUAAAAAGAUUAGGCGUGUUGAAACGUUUGGAAGUGAAAAGAGGAAACCUAAAAUCAAAAAUAAUAAUAAUUUUGUGAAUAUUUCUUUGGAAAAUGUGAGGAAAAUAAGUCGUUCAAACAGUGCUCCUACAAUAGUUGAAAUUAAAUUAAAAGAAGUUGAUGAGAAUAUCAAAAAUCUUAAUAGUCAACAAUUACCAAACAAAAAUUUUGACUUGUCUUCCUUAUCAUCAUCAACUUCUCCUUCUUCUUCAAAAAUUAAUAAUUUCCCUCUUCUUCGUCGUCAAGCAAUACGAAAAAAACGUUCAUUUUCACUUGUGCCAAAUAAUAUUGAUGAUAAUUCUUCAAAAAUUGAAGAUUUAAAUAAUAAAAAUAAUAAUAAAUUAAUUGAUAAUAAAAAAGUUAAAUUGGCAGAAAUAUAUAAUAUUAAAUUGAAAAAUGAAGAGAAAAAAGAAUUAUUUGCUUUUAGUCUUGAUAAUGCUUUAAUGGGGGAAAAGAGUUCUGUUUUCGAUGCUGACGGUCACUUUUUAAUGCCUUCCAGUGUUGGUGCGCGUGCUACUGUUGGAAGUGCCUUUUAUCGUUCCAUCGAUGCUAUGCCAUCAAUGAAUGCUUCUUCAACAAAAAAGUCUAUUCCAGUCAGCGAAUUGGUGCUCAAGACAAUGGCCACAAAAAGGACAGCUUUAGCAAAUGCUGCAAAAACAACUGUACAGGAUCAUGAAUUGAAACAAUUAGUUUACCGAAAGUGCCUUCAAGCUCUUAUUUAUCCAAUAAGUGCAACAACUCCACAUAAUUUCCAAAUGACCAACUUUCAAACUCCCACCUGGUGCUAUGAAUGUGAAGGUCUUUUGUGGGGAAUAGCACGGCAAGGUCUUCGCUGCACAGAAUGUGGUGUAAAAGUACAUGAUAAAUGUCGAGAACUUUUAAGUGCUGAUUGUUUACAAAGAGCAGCUGAAAAGAGUAGCAAACAUGGGGAAGGGGAUAGAGCACAAAAUUUAAUUGCAGUAAUCCAUGAAAGAAUGAAAAUGCAGGAAAGAAACAAACCAGAAAUUUUUCAAAGAAUUCAAGAAGCUUUUGGAUAUAAUGAAAAUAUACAACAAGAAACAUUACGUGCAGUUAAAGGUUCUAUACUUGAAGGAAGUUCUAAAUGGAGUGCAAAAAUUCAACUUACUGUUAUUUGUGCAAAAGGCUUAAGUGGCAAAGAUAAAACGGGCAAAAGUGAUCCUUAUGUUACUGUGCAAGUUGGCAAAGUACGAAAGAGAACAAGAACAAUACAUCAAGAAUUAAAUCCAAUAUGGAAUGAGAAAUUUUCUUUUGAAUGUCAUAAUUCUACUGAUCGAAUAAAAGUACGUGUUUGGGAUGAAGACAACGAUUUAAAAAGUAAAUUACGUCAAAAAUUGACUCGCGAAUCUGAUGAUUUUCUUGGUCAAACAAUUAUUGAAGUUCGGACAUUAUCUGGUGAAAUGGAUGUUUGGUAUAAUUUGGAAAAACGUACUGACAAAUCAGUUGUUAGCGGAGCAAUUCGUCUUUACAUAAAAGUAGACAUUAAAGGAGAAGAAAGAUUAGCACCAUAUCAUUCACAAUAUACUUGUUUACAUGAACAUUUAUUUUUGCAUCAAUAUAAGGAAGACGAUGUUCAAUUACCACAACAACAACAACUAGCAGCUGAUGAGGCUUGGAGAAUAUAUUUUGAUGAAGUUGGGCAAAUGAUUGUUGAUGAAUUUACAAUGCGUUAUGGAAUUGAACAGAUAUAUCAAGCAAUGACUCAUUUUGCCUGUCUUUGUACUAAAUAUAUGUGUGUUGGUGUUCCCGCGGCUUUAUCUACAUUAUUAGCAAAUAUUAAUGCCCAUUAUGCACAUGCAACUGCUACUGCUGCUGUUUCUGCUCCCGAUCGCUUUAAUGCAACAAACUUUGGAAAGGAUCGAUUUGUCAAAUUGCUGGAUCAAUUACACAAUUCUUUGCGUAUUGAUUUGGGAAUGUAUAGGAAAUACUUCCCAGCCUCAAAUUUUGCCAAAUUGCGUGACUUAAAAUCUACAGUUGAUUUGCUUACUUCAAUAACUUUUUUCCGAAUGAAGGUAUUAGAAUUAGCUAGUCCUCCACGUGCUUCAAAUGUUGUUAGGGAAUGUGCAAAGGCUUGUAUGGAGACAACUUACCAUUUAAUGUUCGAUACUUGUUGUGAAAAGUGUGAACCGACAGACGAAUCUGUUAAAUUCUGGUCUGAUUUUAUUGACUAUAUGCUUGGUGUAAUUGAUGAAGAUAGAAAUGUUUACACACCUGUUUUGAAUCAAUUUCCACAAGAAUUAAAUAUUGGUCAGUUGUCUGCAGCAACUCUUUGGAAUUUAUACAAAACUGAUUUGAAGGAUGCUCUUAUGGAACAUGCAAAGACUAAACGUUGCAAAACUCCAGAUUAUAUGAAUCUCUACUUUAAAGUUAAACAUUUUUAUUCAAUGUAUGUAGCAGAAUUACCUCAAUAUCGUGAAAGUAUUCCAGAAUUUCCUGAGUGGUUUGUUCCAUUUGUAAUGGAUUGGCUAAAUGAGAAUGACGAGCAUUCUAUGGAUAUAUUACGGAAUGCUUACAACCGUGACAAGGCAGACAAUUUCCCUCAGACGUCGGAACAUACAAAAUUUAGUAAUUCUGUAGUUGAUGUUUUUACUCAAUUAAAUGAAGCUUUGAAAGUUUUGAAACAAAUGGAUUGUCCAAAUCCCGAAGUUUGUGUGGAUAUGAUGAGGAGAUUUGCUACAACUUUAAAUAAAGUUUUGUUGGCAUAUUCUGAUAUGGUACAGAAAGAUUUUUGUAAAUAUGUGGACAGUGAAAAAUUGGCUUGUAUUUUGAUGAAUAAUGUACAGCAAUUGAGAGUUCAACUAGAAAAAAUCUAUGAAAACAUGGGUGGCGCACAACUGGACCCAGAUUCAAAUCGUGUAUUAAAUAGUUUACAAAAGAAGUUAAAUACAGUUUUGGAUCGUCUUUCUGGUCAAUUUGUUGCAAGCUUAGAAUCUGGAAUUCAGGAACAGAUGAGCAGACUUGGAGUUUUGUUGGCUAAAAUUAAAGGGCCUCAACAACAAAGAAGUCAAAUGGGGGGAGAGGUGGAUAUGGUAUUGGAACCUUUAAUGAAUUUAUUAGAACGGUCUUUACAACGAUAUGCACAGCAAUGUGAAAAGACUGUUUUGAAAUAUAUUUUAAAGGAAUUAUGGAAAAUAACAAUAAUUUCAAUGGAAAAGCAAGUAGUAUUACCCCCUUUAGGCGGAUCUUUAUCUUCUUCUACAGCUCCAUUAUUAAAACAUGCAUUACCUAGUGCUAAAGGGGUUACAAAAUUAAUGUUACAACACACAACACAUUUAAAAGAAGGAAGUGGAGGAGGAGGAAAUAUUGGAGGGAUAAGUGGGGGAGGUGGGAAUGUUGGUGGAGGAGGAGGGAGUGGGUUAAGGGGAGGAAUGCAUUCUGUUAAAGAAAUGAUGGAUGCGGCACGUGAUAAUUCUGAACGUUCAUUGACUCCGAGACAGUGUGGAUUACUUGAUGUUGCUUUGGAUGCAAUAAAAGAAUGUUUCCACGCAGGCGGUCAAGGACUCAAAAAAUCUUUCUUUGAAAAAUCCCCAGAAUUACAAUCUUUAAAAUACGCCCUUUCAUUAUAUACCCAAACAACAGAACAAUUAAUUAGAACAUUUAUUUCAACACAAAAACAACAAGAUUUACCUUCACAAGACCAACCUGUUGGGGAAGUUAGUGUCCAAGUUGAUUUGUUUAAUCAUCCACACACUGGCGAACAAAAAAUUACAGUUAAAGUAAUCGCUGCUAAUGAUCUUCGCUGGCAAAUAACUGGUUCUGGAACAUUUAAACCUUUUGUAGAAGUUCACUUAGUUGGGCCACAUUUGGCUGAUAAAAAACGUAAAAUGGCUACAAAAUCUCAAUCAAAUACGUGGACACCGAAAUUUAAUGAAACAAUGCAUUUCUUUAUUGGCAAUGAAGGAGAGCCAGAACAUUACGAAUUAAUGUUUCAAGUAAAAGAUUAUUGUUUUGCACGUGAAGACCGGAUUGUUGGUGUGGGGGUUUUGCAGCUUUCCCAAGUUCUCGAACAAGGGUCCUAUGCUUGUUGGGUACAACUUGGUAGACGUUUAUUUAUUGAUGAAACUGGCCUUAUUCUUUUGAGGAUACUUAGUCAAAGACAGAAUGAUGAAAUUGCCAAAGAAUUUGUUCGACUAAAAACUGAAUGCCGUUAUGAAACGGAAGGUCAAGGAUUAGCUAAUUCUGCUUCUUCACAAAGACUUGUAGCUGGUCGUUAG